GAAGCCUCUUUCUUUCCUGAAAAAGGCAAGAUCCUGGCUGUGAUAUUAUAUUGCAGUCAUGGCGCCCAAGAAGAAGAAUGUCAAAAAGAACAAGGCGGAUAUCAAUGAGUUAACCAUUAUAGUGGAGGAUGGGCCUCUCAGCAAGCUCAAUGGAUUGAAUACCUUCCUGGAAGGAGGCAAUGGCUUCAGUUGUGUUUCCACAGAAGUUUCUGAUGCUUUCUAUAGUCCCAACCUCUUGGAAGGUUUGUGUAGGAUGAGGCUGGAAAAUUUUCUCUGUGAUUUAAUAAUUGGUACCAAAACCAAGUCCUUUGAUGUCCACAAGGUGGUGAUGGCAUCAUGCAGUGAUUAUUUCCAUAACAUCCUAAAGAAAGAUCCAUCAACUCAAAGAGUGGACCUCAAUGAUGUAUCCCCACUAGGCCUAGCCACUGUGAUUGCGUACGCCUAUACUGGAAAACUUACACUAUCCCUGUAUACUAUAGGUAGUAUUAUCUCCACAGCCAUUUAUCUUCAGAUACACACCCUUGUGAAGAUGUGCAGUGACUUUCUGAUGCAAGAAAUCAAUGUGGAGAAUUGUAUGUAUAUUGCCAACAUUGCAGAGACAUAUGGACUGAAAACUGCUAAGGAAGCAUCACAGAAAUUCAUUAGAGACAAUUUCAUUGAGUUUUCAGAAUCAGAUAACUUCUUAAAGCUUACUUUUGACCAGAUUAACGAACUUCUUGCAGAUGAUGACUUGCAGUUGCCUUCUGAACUUAUUGCAUUCCAGAUUGCAAUGAGAUGGCUGGAAUUUGACCAAAAAAGAACUAAGUAUGCUGCAGAUCUUUUGAGCAACAUUCGGUUUGGUACCAUCUCUGCUCAGGACCUGGUGAAUUAUGUUCAGACUGUACCAAGAAUGAUGCUAGACACAGAUUGCCAUAGACUUCUGGUAGAUGCCAUGAAUUACCACUUACUUCCUUACCACCAGAAUACUCUACAGUCAAGAAGAACCAGGAUUCGAGGAGGAUUACGAGUCCUAGUUACAGUCGGGGGACGUCCAGCUUUAACAGAAAAAUCUCUUAGCAGAGACAUUUUAUACAGAGAUCCCGACAAUGGGUGGAAAAGACUUACAGAGAUGCCUGCCAAAAGCUUCAACCAGUGUGUCAUCGUGAUGGAUGGAUUUCUCUAUGUGGCAGGUGGCGAAGACCAGAACGAUGCCAGAAAUCAAGCAAAGCAUGCAGUCAGCAAUUUUUGCAGGUAUGAUCCUCGCUUCAACACUUGGAUACAUCUGGCCAAUAUGAAUCAAAAGCGCACUCAUUUUAGUCUGAAUAUGUUCAACGGUCUCCUUUUUGCAGUCGGGGGUCGCAAUUCUGAAGGGUGUCUCUCUUCGGUUGAAUGUUAUGUCCCUGCAAUUAACCAGUGGCAGCUGAAGUCUCCACUGGAGAUGCCCAGGUGCUGCCAUGCUAGUGCAGUAGUAGAUGGUAGGAUCUUGGUCACAGGAGGCUAUAUCAAUAAUGCUUACUCCCAUUCGGUUUGCAUGUAUGACCCCGCUAGUGACAGCUGGCAAGACAAGGCCAGCCUUAGCACCCCGAGAGGAUGGCACUGUGCCAUUGCCCUAAGGGAAAAGGUCUACAUCAUGGGAGGGUCCCAACUGGGAGGGCGAGGGGAAAGAGUUGAUGUGCUUCCUGUCGAGUGUUAUAGUCCAUAUUCUGGCCAGUGGAAUUAUGUUGCUCCUCUUCCCGCUGGUGUGAGCACUGCUGGUGCUUCUACUCUUAAUGGAAGGAUUUACUUAGUGGGAGGCUGGAAUGAAAUAGAAAAGAAAUACAAGAAAUGUAUUCAGUGUUACAACCCUGACCUUAAUGAAUGGACCGAUGAAGAUGAGCUACCUGAAGCCACCGUAGGAGUGUCAUGCUGCACCAUUGCCAUGCCCAACACUAAGACCAGGGAAUCGAGAUCUAGCUCGGUAUCUUCAGUACCAGUUAGUAUUUAAGUUCUUCUUUUUUUUAAUUAAUCACUCCCCCUGCUAUAAAUUUAAAAAAGCUAUACUAAAUUUUUAAAAUGUUUCUUUCUCGCUACUGGGUUGUAAUCCCUUUUAAGAAGCGUCCCUAUCAGAAGGGAUUGAGGAGAGAAGCGUUAAAAGCUAUUGGCAUGUGUUUCAGUUUUAUAAAAUA